AUAAAAACACAAAAACGAGGAAAAACCAAAAAUGCUCACAAUACACUUUCGUUUCAGAUAAUACGCUAAUUCGUCUUUCUCUCAUCCCGUGUUCUUCUUGUCUAAUCCAGACCCUGUUGUCAACAGAGAGAGCGCUUUGGCGUGUUUGUCUUUGAGCAGGAAAAAUGAUUAAGCUAUUCAAAGUCAAGGAAAAGCAGAGGGAAAUCGCUGAAAAUGCCAAUGCCAAGGGGAAGCCACCAAUCAAGAAGCAGAGUGCUGGGGAGUUACGUCUCCAUAAAGACAUUAGUGAAUUGAACCUACCAAAAACUUGCGGCAUUGUAUUUCCAAAUGGCAAGGAUGACUUAAUGAACUUUGAGGUUACGAUUAGGCCUGAUGAAGGAUAUUAUCUAGAUGGUACAUUUUUGUUCUCUUUCCAAGUGUCACACAUUUACCCUCAUGAAGCACCAAAGGUCAAGUGCAAGACAAAGGUGUACCACCCUAAUAUUGACUUGGAGGGAAAUGUUUGCCUCAACAUCCUAAGAGAGGAUUGGAAACCUGUUCUGAAUAUAAACACUAUUAUAUAUGGACUGUUUCAUCUUUUUACGCAACCCAACUAUGAGGAUCCUCUUAAUCACGAAGCAGCAGCUGUUUUAAGGGAUAACCCAAAGUUGUUUGAAUCAAAUGUUAGAAGGGCAAUGGCUGGUGGAUAUGUGGGGCAAACCUUCUUCACUCGAUGCAUUUAGAGGCUUCUUGAGUUGAAAAACAACAGAACUACUCUAAAUUUCUGGGGCUGUAUAUUUGUUCGCAAGGAUUCUUCUUCCACUUCUAGUGUGCUGUUGUGACAAAUAUUCUCAGAAUCAAGCAGAAGCACACAGAAGAUGUUUGUGUGCUGCUGUAACUUUUUACGUUUGUUAAAUUGGCGGGGGGAUAACAUUAUUUUUCUUUAUUUUGAUGUGAAUCAAUUGGGAGAAGCUCUAGACUCAGAGACUCUAGUAAGUGUAUUUUCUUCUAUCUUUAUGGGGUGGUGAAGCAUGCUUUCUUUGAUGCCAAGAAAAUAUUUUAUGUUUCUGUA